UGCGACUCUAAACAAGACAUGCGUGCCAAUGUUUUAGUUGUCAAACGGUGGUUAUGGAGAUGAGAUGGAACUGACAAGGGGACUCUGUGACGGGCAUUUGGGAGCAAGAUGCCACGCAAGAUAGGGUUUGUAGUGGUCAGCUCCUCCGGCCAUGAGGAUGGCUGCAGUUCCAAGGAGUUGAUGGUCCACGGCCCCACCGUCAAUGGCUGGAGGUCCGCCAGGUAUUGCCCCUACCCUCAGGAGGUCACCCUGCAGAUGGCAGAGCGCUGUCGCAUCCGGAAGCUCCAGCUGCUGGCCCAUCAGUACCUCAUCCCCUCCAUGAUCGAGUUCUACAUCGCCGAUCACAUCCCAAACCCACUGGCCUCGCCCAGCAUCUCCGAGCACUUCCGCAGGCUGGGGUAUGUGUCCCUGUCAGACAAUGAGAAGACGGGCUUCAGAGCGCGGGAGCUCAAGUCAGUGCACGUGGAUGCCGUGGGAACCUACCUGAGACUGGCCUUUCACCGUAACUACGACAACCGAUACAACCCGUACAGCCAGGUUGCACUUGUUGCCAUUAAUAUUUUGGGGGAUCCUGUGGAUGACAAUGAAAGCAUUAUUCCAACCAAGGAGCAGCUUAUUGAGCAGUACCUGAAUACCAGCCACCAGGAGGCUCCAUUGGACAGCACCUAUUCAGGUAAGCACGAGAGCAUCUCUCCUCUGGAUGACCUGGCCUUUGACAUGUACCAGGACCCCGAGGUGGCUCACAUCAUCCGGCUGCUGGACAAGCAGAAGCAGGAGAUGGUGCGUCACGAGCGCUACGACGCCGCCAAGAAGCUCAAGCAGGCCGUGGCCGAUCUGCAGAAGGUGGGCGAGCGCCUGGGCCGCUACGAGGUGGAGAAGCGCAGCGCCAUCGAGCGGGAGGACUACGACACGGCCAAACAGCGCAAGGAGCACAUGGAAGCCUACCGCCUGAGGGUGUACCAGCAACUACAACUGCACAGCCUGCUGGAUGCAGGACAGCUGGAGUUCCAGGCUGAUAUCUCUGCUGAUGACCCUGAGAUUCCGUCGCCCUCCAUCCACAGCAGGAAGCCCCCAUCUCUGCCCCCCACUAAGCCCCCUGCGGUACCCCAGGGUUCUCGGCCAGAGGCGCCCGUCUCCCCCAAACUCUCCAGCCCCAAGGAGACCCCCAGCGCCACGCCACGCCGCCCCCGUCUGCCCUCGCUGGGCGAGGUGAGCUCUGUGCCCUAUGAUGAGCGGCCCCUCCCUGCCCUGAUGAAGCGUGAGUGGGGGAACGAUCAGCUCAGCCAAUCAGAAGAGGCCCCCUCGGGCUCCUCGGCCCCCCCGGGCCCCUCAGGGUCCACGGACCCCCAGUUCAGCCCGCGCAGCCCCGCGGCCACCGGGGAACCAGAACCGCUCUCAGAAAACGCUCAGAGAGAGGCCAGCCUGCCCAUUGAGGUGUACGGAGACAGCCUGGUGGCAGGGGCGUACUCUAAGACCUGGUCCUACAGGGAGGACGCACUAUUGGCCAUCUACAGGAAGCUGUCGGAGGCUCCGGCCGGCACAGCCAAAGGAGAGCUGCGGAGCCUGAUGAGGGCGGCAGUGUUCCUGGUGAAGAAAGCCCUGCUGGACAAAGUGUCAUCAGUCUUCCAGGCCUCUCUGAAGCUGCUGACGCUGCUCCUGACCCAGUUUGUGAGUCAGCACCACCUGGGCCGGGCGGAGGUGUCCCACUGCGUGGAGCAGACGCUGACCCAGCUCAUGGGCCGCACCGGGGACUCCUCAUCACGCCUCCGCACCAUGGCACUCACCUUCAUACAGGAGAUGGCGCUGUUUAAGGAGGUGCGUAUGCUGCAGGUGGUGCCGGGGGAGCUGGUGAAGCCCCUGAAGGGCAGCGCGCCGGUGCGGCUGGCCCUGGGCCGCGUGGGGCUGCUAGAGCGCCUCCUGCAGGAGAUGGGCACACGCGACUCCGGAUUCACCCUCGACAACGUCAUGAAGUUUCUUGCAGGAGCCCUAGAGCACAGUUCCUCGUCUGUCCGAGAGACGGCCGUCAAGAUCGUCUUCAUCUUGUACCGUCUCCACGGGCAAGCCGUGCUGAACUACCUUCCACCCAACGAUGCCGUCACGCGCAAGAACGUCCUCUACAAGAACAUCUUUGAUGGCUUUGACAAGAUGGAUGGCCGGGUCUCGGAGACACAGACCUCUGGGAAAGGAGGAGUGGAGCAGAACACUGAGAAAGAGCGAGAGGAGAUCAGAAGCCUUCAGGAGCAGCUGGCUGCACUCAAGGAGAUCAGCGAGAAGGGAAAGGAGAACGCCAAGGCCCAGGAGAGGAAGGCUGAGAAGGCGGCGGCUAAAACAGGAGGGACGAAGGCGACUCCGAGCGGCCCAGGAGGAGCAGAGGGACAUCAGCCGGCCACCACCGGCCACCUGGACAGUGUGUGUAUAUUCUGCGGAGAGAAGGACGACUCUUUCACUGAGGACGGGCUGGAUCUGCACUACUGGAAGCACUGUCCCAUGCUCAAACGCUGUGUGCAAUGCAGACAGGUGGUGGAGAUCUCCAGCCUCACAGACCACCUGCUGGCGGAGUGUGAGAGCCGGGGUGUGUUCAUGCAGUGCGCUCGCUGCUCGGAGGCCGUGCACAGGGACCAGCUGGGGGAUCACGCUCAGAGCAGCACCUGCAAACCUCUUGUUUCGGGGCAAAGCUGCAGCCAUUGUCCUCUGUGCCACGAGAACUUCUCCCCGGGAGAGGAGUCUUGGAAGUCCCACCUGAUGAGCAGAGAUGGCUGCACUCAGAACACGCGGAGGACCCAGCUAUCCCAGAGGCCUCAGCUCUCACAAGGCAAGGGCAUCAGCGGUGGGGCAUCUAGUGGGGCAUCCAGGAGCCCAGCGGCCGUCUCCAGGGGUAGGGGGGUUGGCAGGGGCACCAGGAUCCCCGCGCCCGCCGCCAGAGCCGGCCGACCGGGCCGCGGUGUGCCCAUGAAGCGGUGAGACCGACAGACCCCCCCAGAGGACCCCCCCCCACAGGACCCCUCAGCUGGAGUCGAUUCACAUCAGUCACAAACAAACACACACACACACACACACACAUACGCACACACAUGCACGUGUGCACACGCAUGCACACUCUUACAGACACACAUGCACACGCACUCACACACAAAGCUACUCAUGCCUCCAACCUGACUCGCUCAAGGACCUGGGGGUGUAUGGAUCCUCUCCUGAAGGCCAGGCCUGUCCCUCCUCAGUCACCCUUACACAGGCUCAAGCCAGCUGGACACACACACACACACACACACACACACACACACACACACACACACACACACACACACUCCCUCAUAGUACACUUAUUCGUACAGGAUGCACAAACACACACACAGACACACAGACACAGACACACACACACACACAUGAACACACACACACACACACACACACACACACACUCCCUGAUAGUACACUCAUUCGUACAGGAUGCACACACACACACACACUCCCUGAUAGUACACUCAUUCGUACAGGAUGCACACACAGUCACAAACAGCUGGACUCAGGGCUAAGUUUGGCUAGACGUAUUCACCAAUGCUGGACCACUGACAUAGGACGAACGUUUAUACCUCUACAAGAACUCACACACACACACACUGACCCAGGUGCUACUGCCCCUAAUAAACUGCACACUAACACACACACACACGCACACACGCACACACGCACACACACACACACACACACACACACACACACACACACGCCGACCCAGGUGUUACUGCCCCUAAUAAACAGCACACUAACACACACAGGGCUUCAGAGUGUUUCACAAGUGCUCUUACCACAGCCUUUCCAAUGCUGCCCAGGCUUUUGAAACAUACUCGUGUGUGUGUGUGUGUGUGUGUGUGUGUGUGUGUGUGUGUGUGUGUGUGUGUGUGUGCUCUUCUCUCUCACUCACAAUCAUGCUUUUCUAUGUGAGUGUGUCGAUAUUGGUGUUUUACAGUUCACACCAUGAGUCAUUGUGUGUGUCCCCGGAGAUUUUAUUUUUUAAUGAGUUGCGAUGACUCUGCGGUUUGUGUGUGUGUGUGUGUGUGUGUGUGUGUGUGUGUGUGUGUGUGUGUGUGUGUGAGCUUGUGUGUGUCAGAAUACUGAGAGUAAAGGGAACCGUUUUCAAAACAGUGACGCAGUCAGUUAGCCCCGCCCCCUCCCCUCCCCCAGAAUGUGACGCAUAUUAUGAUUGGGAACACUGGUAUUCUACAGAUGUCCAAUAGCUCAGGGUUGUCUCAGCUUCCAGUAAAUAUUAGGGAGGGAGGUUUGUUUCAGUUAAAGUGUAAGACGACCGACCCCCCCCCUUAACUUAAUGCCCACUUCUCAUGUUGGCAAUGAGAGAAUGAUCAUAAUUUGUCAUAAGGCUGUUUAGAUGAGCUGUACUGUGUGAAUAUGGGUGAGGUUGGGAUGGGUGUGGGGUAGGGACUGUAGAUAGAGUACAUGUGAGUGUGGUUCGGAUGAGUCUUGGGUACAUAUUGUACAUCAGGUUGAUGAGAGGAACAGGUUCAAGUUUGUCUUAGCACACAGCACUAGCGGGGAAAGUACUUGUGUCUGAGCAAAAUGUCCAGGACCUGGGUGCCAAAACCAUGUCUAAACAUCACACAGAAAGAGAUAUAACAGUAUUCAUAACUAUGCAAUUAUCAAAGGGGGGCCAUAGUAUUUAUUUAUUUGACUUAUUUAUUGAUACAAAUAUUUGUGAUUUUAACCUUGGCGUUACUUCCCCUCAUUUUAUUAUUUUAUUCUUAUUUUUCUCUUUCUUUCUCUUUUUUACAUGGUGUGAGUUUGAAGUGAAUUUAUGCUCUCUAGAUUAGAUGAUGCUUUUUCUUUAUUUGUUUUUGGUGAUAUUACGCUUUUUAGAUUAGAUUUAAGUUUAGUAGCUCUGUGUGAGUUUAUUUAUUUAUUUUGCGUGUGUUACGUUCUUCUACGCAUAAAUAAGACCCAAUGCAGGGCCCCUAGUAUGAACCCAAACUGUGCCCAUUCAGAGACAUGGAGCAGGUUUAGUAUGGACCCAAACUGUGCCCAUUCAGAGACAUGGAGCAGGUUUAGUAUGGACCCAAACUGUGCCCAUUCAGAGACAUGGAGCAGGUUUAGUAUGGACCCAAACUGUGCCCAUUCAGAGACAUGGAGCAGGUUUAGUAUGGACCCAAACUGCCCAUUCAGAGACAUGGAGCAGGUUUAGUAUGGACCCAAACUGCCCAUUCAGAGACAUGGAGCAGGUUUAGUAUGGACCCAAACUCUGCCCAUUCAGAGACAUGGAGCCGGUUUCAGGUCCGUUAAACAUCCACAUGUGACAUGCCUCAUGCAACUCUCUUAACCAGGAGGUUAAACAGACACAGAGCUGAUGGACAGCAGAGGACAGCAGCACACAUGGUCUCAUAAGCACAAAUCAGAUACAGUAUACUCAAUAUGGGCACUGAGCAAACUAUUAUGCUCAAACACACUCAGUAUACUCUAACUGGGCAUGCUCAAACUUAACCUCAGUAUACUCAAAUUUGGCAUGCUCUAACUUAAACUCAGUAUACUCAAAUUUGGCAUGCUCUAACUUAAACUUAGUAUGCUCAAAUGCAGAGAGAUACUCUGGUUAAUCUCACACUGAGGUGUGCAGUGAGAUACUCUGGCCAAUCAGCAGCUCUGAGUUACUGUCCGAGAACAGAUAGGCCCUCAGCCUCAUCCAGGCUUGAAAGACACCCAAAUGGCUGCCGACCUCCGACCUUUCCAGUACUCGGGCCGGAUCCACAUUUAGUACAUUACAUUACGUUACAUUUAGUAAUUUAGCAGACGCUUUUAUCCAAAGCGACGUACAAAGGAGACGGACUGACUAACAGACUGAAAGGAUGUUUUUCUCCCUGACACACAAGCAUGUGUUGAGGUAACACAUCUCCUCAGUGCUGCUCGGUUGGGCCCUAUCAGAUUACACACACACACACACACACACACACACACACACAC